AUGAUAAAAUUACAUAAUAAUACAUAUUUAUUUAUAUAUAAUAAUUUAUCAAAAAAUAACUUUUCGGCCAGAAAUUUAAGUAAUUUUUAUGAUAUGAUUUUAAGAAAAAUAUAUAGGUUUUCAUUUUCACACCCAUACAUGUAUAUUUUUUCAUUUAUUAAUGUAUUGAACGCUACUUUCUUAAUUAAACCAAAGUAUACAUACUUAAGUAACUCUGUAUUUAUUUCUUAUAUAAAAAAUCCAAAUACUUUUAUUUUGAGAAGUUACUCAUAUAAGAAAAAUUAUAAUGCUCUUAUAUGCAAAUCAUUUAAAAAAUAUAGAAUGAAUAAUAAGCUUUCUAACUCUUUGAAUAUGGAUAAAAAUAAUGAAAAUGAAAAUAUUUUAAAUGAUCAUAUUACAUCAUUCAAUAAAAAUAAUGAUGUAAAUAAAAACUUCAGAAAUUUUAACCAAAAUAGAAAUCCUGCAUUUAGUAGACAAUAUAAUAAGAAUAGAACAAAUAGUUUUAUUAGUAAUAAUAAUAAUAGUAAUAAUUAUGUAAAUGUUAACAAGAAUAAUAAAUAUUCAAAUAAUAAUUAUUCAAGUAACUAUUCUAGUUAUAUAAAUAGGGAUAAUAGUAAAAACAGCGAGACCAAUUUUGCUUUGAAUGAAACAAAAUUAAAUACAAAUAUUAAUUAUAUUAAUAUAAAUAGUAAAGAAAAUAAAAAUAAUUACACAGUAAAUGAUAAUUUUUGUCACAUAAGCGAUAACAAUUUAAGUAACAACACGAAGAAUAAUUUUAAUAAAGAUCAAUUAUUACUAAAAAAUAUAAAAGGAAAAAAUGCUUAUAGCAAUCACAUAGGCAACAAUAAUAUUAAUACAAAUUAUUUAGAUAAUUCAUCAAAUAAUGUAAAUUACAAGAGUAAUGCAAAUGAAAAAAACUUAGCAAGACAGAAUUUAGAAGGAAACGUAAAUAACAGUAGUUUAAAAGGAACUGAAAGAUUUAGCUAUUUAAAUGAUAACUAUCAAAACAACAUUAAAUAUAUUAAGAACAAUUUUAAUUCAAAUAAAAAAAGUAUGAGCACAUACAAUUCAAACAUAAAUGUUAAUAGCAACUUUAAAAAUAAUGAAAAUAGUAAUUACAUGGAAAAAAAUUUUAAAAGAGAAUCAUCAGAAGGUAUAAUAAAUAAUAAUCUUAGUAUUGAUUCUAUCUUAAAUGAUGUAAAUACUGACUUAAAUACUAAUUUAAAUUUAAACUUGAACUCAAAUUUGAAUGAUUUAGAUUUAAGUAAUAUGGUAGGUGCAAGCAGUGCAUAUAAUAAUAAUGUUGAUAGUAUAAAUAAUGAUAUAAAUGGCAGUAAUAAUAACAAUACGUUAAAAUUAAAUGAUUUAAUUAAUAACAGAGAUACUAAUAGAAAUGAAAAUUUUGAUAAUAGUCAACAUAUGAAUGAUUGCAUUAAUACUAAUUUAAAUUCUGUUAGAGGCAUAAUGGAUAAUUCACAUAAUUAUAAUAAUCGGAAUAGAAAUAAAAUGAUUUCACAUAAUUUUAAUACUCCAAAUAAUACAAAUAAUUUUAAUAAAAAUGUGAAUAAUAUGAAUAAUUACUCAAAUGUAGGAAAUAGUAUGAAUAAUUUGGCAUCUUUAAAUAAUUUAAAUAAUUUGGAUUACAACAUAAACCUUUUAAGCGAAAAUGAAAGGAGUUCAAAUAAUAUAAUGAGUAAGCACAUAAGAAAUAUCUCAUAUGAUAAAACGAACAAUUACAAUAAUGAUAUUAAUAAAAUGAAUACGUAUGAAGCUAAGAAGAAUGAUAAUUUUUGCCAUUUUUCGUCAUCGAGUAAUUUAAAAAAUAUUAAUAGUACAUCAAAUAAAUUAGAGGAUCAAAAUAGUGCUAACAAUACAAAUAAACAGCAGACUCCAAUAAACCCUCCUAUUAAUUUAGAUUCAGACGCUUGUUUAUUUUAUGAUUUUAAUGAUUUUUUAAAUUAUAUGUACAAAGACGAAAAUAUAUUAACUCUUUUUUAUAUAAGAAAGAAUUAUUUAAAAGCAGAAUCACGUGAAGAAUUUGUAAAUGAAAAUGAUAAAAUAAAAUAUUCAAUUACAUGGGCAUUUUCUAAUGAUCAGAAAAUAUCUGUUGUUGGCUCACAUAAUACAAAAAAAUUAAGUAAAAAAGUAUGUGUAAAAAAAAUUUUAUUAAAAUUAAAAAAUAUUUCUCUUUUAGAACUAGAUCAAAUGACUAAAUGGAUGAUAAAUAGCUUAAAUGUUAUACUAAAAGUAGAAAGCAAAAAUGUAGAAAAUAAAUUAAAUAAUAAUAUGUAUUAUAGCAACAUAGAAUGGAAAAUUAAUAAUAAAAUAUAUAACGCUACAGGAAUAAGUCCUCAUGAGAAAAUUGCUGAGAUGAUGGCUACUCAAAAAUUAUAUAUGCUUUUAUAUGAUAUAAAAGACCAACUGAUUAAAGAAUCAGAAUAUGCAAAACUUAAUGAAGAUAAAAAAAUGAUAAAUAUGCAUAAUAAAAGUUAUGAAAAUACGUUAUAUGGUAAAAUUGCUAGUAAUAAUAAGAAUUAUGAUGAUACCUCUAUUAAUAAUAAUAUGAUUAACAAUAAAUAUGAACUUUCGAAAAAUCAAACACUAAGUAAAAAUUAUAGCGAUACACUAUUAUAUAAAAAUAAUAAUAAUAAUAAUAAUAAUAAUACAUUUUAUCAAGAAAAAAGUGGUAAGAUUCCCUCAAAUAAUGAUGUAUUAAAAAUGAAUAAUAAUACGGAAAAUAAUACUAAAAAUUUAAAUAAUUAUAUGUUUUAUAAUUCAAAUGAUAAUCCAUCUUCUGCAAAUAUGAAAUUAUCAUCAAUGGAAAAUCCAGUAAUGCAAUCAGCAACAGGUUCAAUGUAUAAUAGAAACUUAAAUAAUAAUGAAAUGGGAAGUGUUAACAAUAAUAUAAAUAACAAUAACAUUAAUAAUAUGAGUGAUAUGAAUUAUCAAAAUAACAAUUUAGUAAAUUCAAAUGAUAAUAACAGUAAUGGAUUAAAUAAUGGUGGUGUACCCGAUUCAUCAGAAUUUGUUACAUAUAGUUUAACAAAACAAGAUGCUAGCAGUAUACAAAUGUUAAGAAAUAAUAUUGCAUCUAGAUAUAAGAUACAUCAAACAGAAAUAUUUGAACAAGUAUAUAAUUUAUAUAAAUGUACAUUGGAAUGGGAAUGGAAAAAUGGAAAGAAUCAAUGUAAAGCAAAAAGUGUUGGAUAUGGGAGCACAAAAAGUUUAGCUAAGUGUGAAGCUGCUUAUGAUAUGUUAGUAAAAAAUAACUUAAUAGAAUAUGUUUCAUCAACAGAUAGAAAAAAUGCACAAUAUAUAAGAGAUUUAAUAUCAAAAGAUCUAACAAAAGCAUUAAACCUAGCUAUUCAAUUUAUUAUUCAGUAUAGUAGUAGCGCUUGGUCUAUCUUCUUAAUAUACUUGCUGAGAGAAUUAUUAAUAGAUGGUAAUUACGAUAAUAUAAAUAGAUUAUUAAACACAGUUGUAGAAGUUAGUAAGCAAGGGAGAUUAGAAGUUGAUCAAAUGAAUAAAUUAAAUAAUAUGAAUAAUAUUAAUAAUAAUAUAGGGCAUGUAAAUAAUUAUAAUAAUAUGAAUAAUAAUAACAAUAAUAAAAGUAAUGAAGAACAAAUGAAAGGUAUUUAUAAUAUGGAGGAUGAUAAUUAUUCUAAUAAUUGUAGCAAUUCAUUUUUUUUUAAUCCUUAUAUUCAAAAAAAAAAUGUUAAUAAUAAUUAUGUUCAUAAAUUAGUUUCAAUAGAUUUAUGGGAAAAAUUAAUAGAUGAAUGUGUUGUUAUUUUAAAUGAUAAAUUAUGCUUUCAUUGUAUCACUUUAUUACAAGAAGUAGAGCUAGAUUAUUCUAUUUUUAUAUCUAAAUGUGCGCAUGAUUACUAUAAAAAAUACAGAAUUAUGUUAGCUUUAGAAUUACAAGCUAAUUUAGCACAAAGCAUUCAAGAAAAAAGAGAUUUUGAAUAUUUACACGAAAAUAAAUCGUUACUAUUAAAACUAAAAAGUAUUACCAUGCCUAUAUUAUCCUUUACAUGCACUCUUACGAAUGAAGAAAAAGAAUGGAUGAAAUCUACUCAAAUGAGAGAAGAUGAUAUUGUUUUACUAAAGCCAUAUGACAUGUUAUUAAAAGAUGAAGAUGCAUGGUCCAAUAGUUUAAUAGGAAGUAUAACUAGCACAAAAAAUGAUAAUACUAUAUAUAACAUUAAUAUAAGAAUAUUUUCUGCAGAGAAUACAAAAAAAGGAAAUGUAAAAUAUAAUAAAUAUAAAUUAUAUUUAUUACUAAAUAUAGUAACACAUGAAAGAAUGCUGCAAGCUUUAAGAUCUAUUACUUUUAUAAGUUCAAUUCCAACUCAAUAUCAAUCCCCGUAUGUUUUUACACCUGAAAUACGCUUUUUAAUAUUGCAUACAUAUAAUAAACAUAGUAAAUAUAUAGCACAAAAUGGGAAAUUGAACGAUGAAAUAGCAUUAUAUGAAAGAAUAAAAAUGGAUUUUCAAAAUAAUGAAUCAUUAAAAAAUUCACAAGAUGAUAUAUUGAACGAUUACAACAAAGAAGCAAAAAAUCCUUAUGAAGAUAUGUUGAAUGAAGCACUAAAUAAGCAAAUUGACAAUACACACGUAGAAGAUAUUGAUAAAUAUCUCAUUGAAAGUAUUAAUUUACCAACUAAUUUGCCUUUAAAUGAUUCUCAAAAAUUAGCAUGCUUAAGUGCACUAACAAGAAGAUUGACACUAGUACAAGGUCCACCAGGUACUGGUAAAACGCAUGUUGCUUGUGCUAUUAUUGACAGUUGGCAUCGACAAAACAGCAACAAAAAAAUACUAGCUGUUGCUGAUUCAAAUGUUGCAGCAAAUAAUUUAGUAGAAGGAUUAAAAAAAAGAAAUAUUCAAGCAGUUCGAGUUGGAGCUGGAAGUGAUAGUGACUUUCAUGAAGAAGCUAUCAUGGAAUUUCACAGAUAUAAAGAUUUAUUGAAACUUAGAAAAAACAACAUGCAAAAAGAAGCAAAAGUUAUGAAAGCACUAUUAUUUCUUGAAGCAGUCAAGAAAUACAACGUUGUUAUUGCUACUUGUGUUGGUUCAGGACAUGAAAUUUUCGAUAACGAAAAAUUUGAAAGAGUUAUAAUUGAUGAAUGUGCACAAUCUAUAGAACCUUCAAACCUUAUACCUUUAGGCCAUUAUUGCAAUAACUUAGUAUUAAUAGGAGAUCACAAGCAGUUACCUCCCACUAUUAUCUCCCCAGAUGCUAUUAAACUAGGUUUAGAUAAAUCCUUAUUAGAAAGAUUUGUUAUGGCCAAAAUUUCUCCAGUUCAUUUGUUAACUACACAAAGACGUAUGCACUUAAGUAUCUGUGUCUUUCCAAAUUUUCAUUUUUAUGAUAAUAAAUUAAAGACGGCAAAUGUUACUGAAGAAAAUAGGCCUAUUAUUAAGGGCUUCUUAUGGCCUAACCCCAAAUGUAGAUUAGCUUUUGUAGAUGUAUCUAUUGGAAAAAGUGGUAGCAAAUUUGAAAAUGCAUAUGGAACCUCUAAAUUUAAUUUAUAUGAAAUAGAGCCAUUAAUAUCUGUUUUAAAAUCAAUCAUUAAUGAAGGGUGUGUAUCAGUAGAUGAGAUUGGCAUUCUGACAGCAUAUGAUGCUCAAAAAAUGAAAUUAAAAAAAGCUGUUCAAGAAUCUUUUCCAUAUGAAGCUUCUCAUAGAAUAGAAAUUGAUUCAAUAGAUGGAUUUCAAGGAAAAGAAAAAGACUUAAUUUUAUUCUCAGCUGUUAGAUCUAAUGCAAAUAAUGAACUAGGUUUUUUAAGAGAUGCAAGAAGAUUAAAUGUUAUGUUAACAAGAGCAAAAAGAGGAGUAAUCAUAUUUGGAGAUCAAUUUACCUUAGCUAACGAUACGGCUAAUUGGCUACCUUGGCUAAAGUGGAUUUCAUCUAAAAGAGCUAUUGUUCAUGUAACCAAAUUAAAUGAUCAUUUAGAAAAUACUGAUUACUCAUUACUAGAUAAAUUAAACAAAAUCAAUAAAUCUAUAAACUUAAAAAAUAUUGUUGUUUCUGAUAAUUAUUAUUAUUACGGUAAUGAUAUGGGAUUCUCAAAUGACUAUAGUGAUCCUAAUUAUACUCAAAAUGAAAUUAAAAGUAAUUCAAACUUAAAUCUAUAUAAAGAAGGAGUAGAACAUGUAGAAGAAGAAAUUGUUGAAAAUUGGGAAGAUUUAUUAUAA